GUCUCAAAUACUCGAAAGGAGAGUAGUUCUGAGGAAGAUGUUCCUGCAGCCAAGAUAUGUCCUGCUGAUGGCUCAGCUGCAGCUUCGAAGAAAGACGAGUCAAGUGAUGAGUCUAGUUCUGAGGAUGAUAGCAGCGCUGAGGAGGAGGAUGCCGUUAAUAAGGCACCUGCUGCUGCACCUAAAAAGGGUAGUGCCGCUGCCUCUAAAAAGGAAGAAUCCAGCGACGAGUCUAGUUCAGAUGAUGAUCCCUCUAGCACUCCAGCUGUCUCAAAGAAGGAGAGUAGUUCUGAGGAAUCUUCUGAGGAAGAUGAGUCCUCUGAAGAAGAAGAGGAUGAAAAACCAUCGAGAACUCCCAAGAAGCAAAAGACCCCUAUUACUCCUAAAGCUCAAACUCCGGGAUCAAAAACAUUGUUUGUUGGAAAUCUACCCAACUUGGUUGAGGAUGGUUCUUUUGAGGGCUCAUGUUGAAUUUGUCACUGCACAGAAGGUAAGUUAUUUUCUCCGUAACAAAGUUGUUAGUCUGAUGCAAAAAAGAAGAAAGAGUUAAAGACGCUAAAUCACCACCUGCAUUUUCUUGAACCGAUAAACAGCUAAGCUCUAUCGACUAGUUUGGGUUAUUUGUCCGUAAAUUAAGACAUGGAUAAUUGCAUUCUAUGAAUUGAUGCAAUUUGGUUCUUCCCAGUUCUUUGCUUGUGUUCUGUUUUUGCAUUCAGUUCUAGCAAAUUCUGUUCACUUUCUUAGUUUUACUUUGUUACUCUUGAUGUUUCUCUGAACGAGUGUACGAUGAUGUGAUUAUCUACUUGUACAGAUAAUAUGCAAUGCUUCUUCUUGAUGCCCGAUAGUUACUCAGUUUUGCUGCUGAUAUCUUAUUAUACAUGAUCUAUCUGAAAGUUUAAAAUAUACUCUUCCAGAGUGUUAUACUCGCUUAUUUUUCUCCUUUUGGUUUUCUGGCCCAUCUUGUAGGAUCUUGGUGAUGCAGCGUGAUUGCUAAUUUGCUAUUAGUGGCUGAAGCUUCAGGAUAUUAUGACAAACUAACGUUGUUUUUUGUGUUCUUGAAAGCAUUAACAACUACUAGCUUUUUUGGAUGUGGUGUCUAGUAGCAUACUAUAUCUGUUUAUAUUUUUACAAAAUUGUUAUUUUUAUGACUCAAGAUUGGCUCUUGGAUGCUUGUUUUUGUAGCUGACAUGGGUUUCAUACUGAACUUUACAGGCCUAUGUUAGCUUAUAUAUGAAAAGCUUGUUCUAACUGAAGUUAGGUUGCCUAUGCUAUCUAGCUGAAGUUAGAUCUUUA